AUGGGGUCAGUUGAAGAUGAGUUCCAUUUUAUGAUGAUAUGCCCCUCUUAUGCUCCACUAAGAGCCAUAUUCCUUAACCAGGUUAAAGAUAUACUGGGCAGUGCAGCCCCUGAGUCCAUCAGUGACCUUUUUAUUACCGUACUGCAAUAUGGUCCGGUGCUGGAGUACAUGAGUGUCUCAGAGAUGGAACGAUACUGUAGCAACAAUUCUUUGGGGAAGAGCAGAUUUGGAGAAGUUUUUGAGGGUUUAGAAAAAUACAGACAAAAAGAAAUUGCUGUUGAAGUUUGCCAAAAAGCCAGAGAGGAACAUGAGCUUCAGUUUAUCAAGGAAAGGACCAUUGGUUAUAUAAGACACCCAUUUCUGUUGCCGUUAUAUGCAGUUGCUGCAACACCAGAAAAAAUCUAUUUGAUGUAUCCAUAUAAUAUGGAAAGGAGAGACUUGGAUCAUGUAUUAAGAAAUAAAAGCUCUGAACUUGAACGGCAUCACAGGUGCCGCAUUACAUACCAAGUGUGUGGAGGCCUGCAAUAUCUUCAUUCACCAAUUGAAAGGGAGAAUGUCACAAUUAGGAAUUCUAUCCUCCACAUGAAUAUCAAGCCCAGCCACAUUUUGUUGGAUCAGGAUUGGAAUGCUCGCCUUAGAUUUCAUGGCCCCACUGCAGAGGUUACUUCUGUUGACCACAGCGAUCAGAUUUACCAAGAUCCAGAUUUCCUUUCCUCUCAGGGAGAAUACCGCAAGGAAUAUGAUGUUUUCAGUGUUGGAGUGGUGAUGUGGAGGUUGAUGGGAGCAGAAGAAGAGUUUUUGAAGGAGUUCAGGACUGAAGAUGGUAAAUUUAAAUUAGAAGAGGUUACCAAAAAGGUUAUUAUUAAGGCACAGGAAGCCUUACCUGCUGUCUGGCCUAUCUGUCCUGAAGGGGAAUCCAAUUAUACAACUAAGUUUGCUAAAUUGGCCUUGGAAUGUGUGAAACCAAUAGAUGACAGAAUAAACCUGGAUGACCUUCGGUGUCUCAUUAAAAUGAACAUCCUUGAUGCUGGUGACAAAAUAGACACUUUUAUCAAACCUAGUGGUACAUUAUGUUGCAAAUGCAACUUGAAUAAUGCUGGUAAGUAGAUGAUAAAUACCUUUAAAAAUGUAUUUCAAAUUUUUCCACAAAACCUUGCCAAAUGCCUUCAUGUAGUUUCUGAUAGCUUAACUUAAAGAAAUAGCAAAGGGUAUCAUUUCAUAUUUCCCAAAAAUGGUAUUUGAACAAAUACUUUCUGGUUUCUUUCUGUGCUAUAU